GGCCGGUGGCGCCUGCGCGUUGCGAGCCGCUCGCCCUACGACUGCACAUCAUGGCCCAAGCAGAGAAGAAAGGUGGACUGCUCUGGAAAUCUUCAGCCUCCAAGAAACCAUUGAAAGAGAAAGUUGUGCUAAUGUACGAUGAGAUCUUCAUGACGGAGGACCCCAGUAAAUGUAGCCCUCGGUUCUGGGAAGAGCUUUUCCUCAUGAAGGUGAACCUGGAGUAUCUAGAAAGCAAGCUGGAGUCUCUGGAUGGAGAAGAGUUAAUGAAGAUAAAAGAUAACAUUAACUGUUUGUUCCAACACUGCAUCCAGGCCUUGGGAGAAGAGCACCCAAUUCGAGUAGUCAAUGCGUUACAGACGUUAUGUGCAUUGAUUCGCGGCGUCCAUCAGAAGAACAAAUCCACCUCUGGGUUUGACAUCAUCAACAUGCUCAUGGGCUUUGACAAAGCAGAGCUGUGCAUGAAGAAUCUGAUGGAGAGCUUGGACUCGCUGCUUUGUGCAGAAGGCUCUGAAAGCCUGAAGAGUUUGUGUCUGAAGCUGCUUCUCUGCUUGGUAACGGUGACAGACAACAUCAGCCAGAACACAAUCCUGGAAUAUGUGAUGAUUAACAGUAUAUUUGAAGCUAUUUUACAGAUUCUGUCCAACCCACCUAGUCGCAGGGAGCAUGGUUAUGAUGCUGUUGUCCUUCUUGCUUUGCUAGUUAACUACAGAAAGUAUGAGUCGGUGAAUCCCUACAUUGUGAAACUCUCUAUUGUAGAUGACGAGGCCACGCUCAACGGAAUGGGACUUGUCAUCGCCCAGGCAUUAUCAGAGUACAACAGGCAGUACAAAGAUAAGGAAGAGGAGCACCAGAGUGGCUUUUUCUCAGCCUUGACCAAUAUGGUGGGCAGCAUGUUCAUAGCCGAUGCUGAUGAGAAAAUCUCUGUCCAAACGAACGAGGCAAUUCUUCUCGCCCUCUACGAAGCCGUUCACUUAAACCGGAACUUCAUCACCGUAUUGGCACAGAGCCAUCCAGAAAUUGGAUUGGUGACCUUGCCGAUAAGCCCAAUUCCAACGACGCCAGUCACUCCACUCGGGACCACUCCACCUUCUUCAGACGUUAUAAGCUCUGCCGAGCUGCCUUUGGAUGCCGACGUGCAGACCAGCAACCUGCUGAUAACCUUCUUAAAGUACAGCUCGAUUGUCAUGCAGGACACAAAAGAUGAACACCGGCUCCACAGCGGGAAGCUCUGUCUGAUUAUCCUGACGUGCAUAGCAGAGGAUCAGUACGCUAAUGCUUUUUUGCAUGAUGACAACGUGAAUUUUCGAGUAAACCUGCACAGAAUGCCAAUGAGACACAGGAAGAAAGCUGCAGACAAAAACCUGCCCUGCCGCCCCCUGGUGUGUGCAGUCCUAGAUCUGAUGGUGGAGUUCAUCGUAACACACAUGAUGAAGGAGUUUCCUAUGGAUCUGUAUGUGCGGUGCAUUCAGAUCGUGCAUAAGCUGCUGUGCUACCAGAAGAAAUGCAGAGUGAGGCUUCAUUAUACCUGGCGGGAGCUCUGGUCAGCUCUGAUCAACUUGCUGAAGUUCCUCAUGUCCAAUGAGACUGUGCUACUGGCAAAACACAACAUCUUCACCUUGGCGCUCAUGGUAGUGAACUUGUUCAACAUGUUCAUCACUUACGGAGACACCUUUCUCCCAACGCCCAGCAGCUAUGAUGAGCUGUACUACGAGAUCAUCCGCAUGCACCAGAAUUUCGAUAACCUCUACUCCAUGGUGCUACGGCUUUCGACCAAUGCCGGUCAGUGGAAAGAGCCUGCCAGCAAGGUGAUGCAUGCGCUAGUCAAUAUCAGAGCCAUCGUCAACCACUUCAACCCAAAGAUCGAGUCUUACGCUGCAGUGAAUCACAUAUCUCAGCUCUCGGAGGAGCAG